GAAUGAAUGUGUCACAAAGCUUGAAAUAUGUGUGUGUGUGUUUUUUAUUUUUUAUUUUUUUUUUAUUUGGUGUAUGCAAAAUACUAUGAAAUGGCUUAUUUAUUUAUGUGACCGCGUUGUUCAACUUCGGAAUAAGAUUUAUUCUUCCGACAAAAACAAAAACACACACACAGAAAAAUCGAUGAGUGACUCAUCAGUCUUUGUCCGAAGCUACAACAUCAGUGUCGUGUUUCUCUUCUUAAAUCUCUUCACUUUCUUCUCCGUUGUCUCAUCUGACGAACAUGUCUUCGUUGUGGGUGAAACUGGUUCACUACAAGUGACUCCAAGAACAGAGGUGGUGAUAGAUUCUCCUGGUCUGAAGCGAGGUACAACAUCGAGAUGUGAGAGGUUACAUAUCAAUGGAUUAGAAAGACUUAAGCACAUUGAUAGAUAUGCUCAUUCACUGAAGUUGACCCUUUUGAGUAAUACAUCGAACAGUAUAAGAACAAGUAUAGACAUUUGCUUCCACAGGAAUUCGUCGCGUGCAAUUGGAAUGUGCUCUCAUGGUCAGUGGGAGAAAGUAUCAAAAGGGUUACCUUGGGUUGGGAUAAUGUCACCUUUUGACUACAAGAUCCUUGAUAUAAGAACCUAUGGUGGCUCAUCUGAAGUCGUCACCUUGGAGUUUGUUGCUAAACAAGAGUUUUUCAUGUACCGUAUCGUGUUUUUAAUGAUGGGGAUAGUGCUGCUGAAUUUGGCUUCUAGACUUAGCAAAGCAGUAGCGUUUUAUUACAUUGGUGCCAUGUCCAUUGGAAUUGUCAUUCUUGUAACUCUUAUCAUUUAUCAGGGGAUAAAGCGUCUCCCGACUAGACGGAAGAGUCGGUUUGAGUUAUUUCUCUACUCCUCUAUGAUUGGUGUGGGAGGUUACUCUCUUCAAUACAUAUGCGGUUUAAUUCAAGAUCUGCCAAUGCAGAUAGGAAUCAGUGAAGAUUUGCACAUUCCUCUGGCGAUUCUUUUGGUUGCAUUUGUGUAUUUGUUUGGAGCAUGGUCAGGGUUUUGGACUGUUAAGAAAUUUGUUGUGACAAAAGAUGGUUCUAUUGAUAUUGGUACAUCAAUCUAUGUCUGUUGGACCAUCCGAGCUUUUGCUGUGGUUCUGAUCCUUCAGAGCUCUUUAGAUCCCUUGCUUGCUGGAGGAGCGUUGAUAUCUAGUAUUCUCAUCUCAACAGUUCUAAAAAGUAUCAGCAGAAUGCUGUUAGCGCAAAGAACUGAGAGUUGUAGCUCCAGCUUAAUCCAUGCUACUACGUUUGCUUAUCCUCUUCCUAGAGGUUCCAACAAGAAGUCGAGGACAGUACCACUAUCUGAUUCAGAUAUAUUCCCGUCUUCAUUCCACAGAACACCAGAAGGGAGAAGAAAGCUAAGGAAGGAAGAGUUAGAAAAGUUCACUAAAGAGAGUACGGAAAAGGCAAUGAGGGAAUUGGUUUCUUCACCAGGUUUUGGCGAAUGGGCGGUGAAAAAUGCUAAUAGAAUCAGCGUAAAUCCGAUAAUGGAGUCGUCCAGUAGAUUGACUGAUACGGUUAAGCGCAGAAGAUGGUUCCUCUGGUUCUGAAAAGCAAGUAGCCAGGGAAACUUUUGAACCAGUCAGGAGAGUGUAGACUGUAGAGACUCUUGUAUUGUAACUCUUUAGGGCACGAUUGUUGUAAUAACCCUAAUUGUUUCUUCUUAGAUUGGUUGUGCACGAAGCAACAAACA